CCGUCAGCUGCCGUUGGAGUAAGACAUAAAAGCCCUAUAGUCUUUACCAGGAUGGAGACGCAAGGAAAGUGGUUAUGGAAGAAAACGGAGACCGAGAAAUUUUACGAGCCUUUCGCCAUCAGUUACCAGCUCACCAUCGUCACACGCGAACCUCUGCUUGAAGAACAGGUCAUCCGGGCUCUCACCCAUUGCCAAAGGAAAGUGCCCAUUCUGAAGACGUGUUUCGGCGAGCGGGACGGAGACAUAUGGAUCAGGGAGAUGACACAGGAGAUAAUAGACUAUGAGUUACUUCCAGAUGACACGAAGGACGCGGAUCUACACGAUAAAAUUCAACAAUACAGCUUCAACAAAGAGACAGGUCCCUUGUGGUGCGUGAAGCUGAAACCGGAGUUUAACGUCUCACCCGACGCUGUGUUUGGGGAAGGCGUUGCAGGAUUUCCUCAUCGGUAUUCCCUGUUCCUGGGCAUUAAUCACGCUGUCACUGACGGCACCUCGAACGUCAUCGUCUGCGGCUUCAUCGUCCAGAUCCUCGACGAUAUUCUGGCAGGGAAAGAAAUCAAUGACGAGGAACAGCUCGGGAUUUACAUAUCGGAUGAAAAGACGAAGAAAGCGAUAGAGGAACAAGUGGCAUUAGUGAAAGGCAAUCCCGAGCUGCAGAGCAAAUUGGUAGCAGACUGGCAGGUACUCCAGGGGCGACGCUCACUUCUAAAAACAGUUUUCAAGGGAGUCGGCGAGGAAAAGGGAAGGAGCUUAUAUCGGACACAGAACCUUGACGCCAAAACUACAGCUGCUUUCAUCAAGCGGUGUCGCGCGGAGGGCAUCACCGUCAACUCAGCUUUCGCAGCAAUCGCUAACUUUACGGUAGUCGACCUCCUUGUACAUGGGGGCUUCGAACGGGAUUCGUACAGCAUUCGCAGUACACACGUUGUCAACGCUCGUCGCUACCUGGAAGGCGAUACGUCUCAGUACCUUGGCUGCCAUAUCAUGCUGCUCAAUCCCAUCUUCGAAACUCCGAGAAACUUUAGUGAAAACUUUUGGAACUCUGCAAAGUCCAUUCACGAGGAAAUCCACUCGAAAAUCAAAAGUGGUUAUCCACUUCAGUUGGAAGGGGUCAGUGACCUUGUGUCGAAGACCCCAUAUUGCAACCCCAUUUUCGAGUUCGAAUAUACCACUACGAACAUGGGAGACAUAACGCAAAAGAUAACAGAGGGUGGUGAUCACGUUCAGGUUCUGCAUCUCCUAAGGACUGCCGAUCUCUGCAAGGUUCCUUGCACAUGCAAUAAUUUUAUCCACACAUUACGUGGACAUCUUACCCAUACUAUCGUCCACAAUUCAGCAUACUUCACCCCACACAUGGCUGAAAUGUUCUGCGAGAAAGUCUUCCAUUAUCUUCGUGCGUGUCUUGAAAUUUAAAGGGAACAUUGCAGUGUUGGAGACGCAGGGAAAGUGGUUGUGGAAGAAGACGGAGACUGAAAGGUUCUACAAGCCUUUUCGCCAACGGCUACCAGCUCACCUACGUCACACACGAACGACUGCUUGAAGAAAAGGUCAUUCGCGCUCUUACCCAUUCCCAUUGGUCUAAAUCAUCGCCAUUCUCACCCAUUCCCACAGGUAGAGUUUGGUCUCUAAAUCAUCGGCGUUCUCACCCAUUCCCACAGGUAGAGUUUGGUCUCUAAAUCAUAGCCAUUCUCACCCAUUCAAACAGGUAGAGGCUAGUCUCUAAAUCAUCGCCAUUCUCACUCAUUCCCACAGGUAGAGUUUGGUUUCUAAAUUAUCGGUGUUCUCACCCAUUUCUUAAGGUAGAAUGGGGCCUUCAUUUCAUCCACUCUAUCACCCUCUUCCACGGGUAGAAUUUGGCCAAUUCUUUUAAGUCAUACUUAAAAAAACAAAUUGAAGAUGAAAUGAUCUUGAAGUUUAUCCUUUAGGUUUAGGUAGCUUUACGCUAUUGUUUUUUUCUGGUUUGUUCCUAAAAUCAACAAUGCUUAUAUAUGAUUGAUCAAAAUCGUCCAAGGCCAGUGAUAAGCUACACUUUAAAAUUCAUAGUGAAUAGCUAGUCGUUUAUAAAUGCAUACCUAUGAGAAGACGUAUGCUUGUGCACUUUUAUGACCACAAUGCGUUGAUUGCACAAGUUCAUGGAAUUUUGAGUAUUAGGAGUGAGUGAUAAAAAAAGACAGAUUGAGUCCCGAAAAACGGUAAAAGGAUGAUAUUGAUUUGCUUUUUUUUAUAUAACAUUAUUAAUAUGCACCAUGUGUAACUUCUUGAGAAAAUCGGUAUUACUGAACAUAACCCCCCUAAGUUCAGCUAAGAUUAGUCUUGGGUGAAAUUUCUGAUUUUUCUUGGAUUUUGAUAUAUAUAAUUUAUUUAAAAAUUCAGGUGCAGGUUUAGGUUGUGUCUAGUGGAGCUAUACUUUCUCAAGUCUAAUAAAUGUAAGAUAUGCACACACAUACAC